GUCCUUGGGCCCUUGCAGACCUGCACCCACUCGCCCUCCUACACCCACUCGUGCUGCUAUUGCUGCCCGCCGCCACCACCACCACUCCCUCCCUCAUUACAAUUUCUCCAAGCAACAGUCCUUCUCUUUAUUUCUAUCCCUCCACCCACCACUCGACGUUUCAGUCACCUCUCCUCUGCUCUUUCAUCUCUUAAUCAUCUAACCUCUUCUUCUAAUCUUCCAUCCAACCAUCACCAUGGCGGACGACUCCCAGCAUGAGCAUACCUUCGAGUCCGCCGACGCCGGCGCCUCGGCCACCUUUCCCAUGCAAUGUUCCGCCUUGAGAAAGAACGGUCAUGUUGUCAUCAAGGGUCGUCCAUGCAAGAUCGUUGACAUGUCCACUUCCAAGACUGGAAAGCACGGUCACGCCAAAGUUCACUUGGUCGCCAUCGAUAUCUUCACCGGCAAGAAGUUGGAAGAUCUUUCCCCAUCCACCCACAACAUGGAGGUCCCCAACGUCUCUCGUCGUGAAUAUCAAUUGCUUGAUAUCACCGACGAUGGUUUCUUGUCCCUCAUGUCCGACGAUGGUAGCACCAAGGAUGAUGUCAAGGUCCCUGAUGGUGAGGUUGGUGAAAAGAUUGAGAAGCUUUUCCGCAUCGACGAGAAGGACACCAAUGUCAUCGUCUUGACUGCCAUGGGUGAGGAGGCUGCCAUCGAUGCCAAGGAGGCUCCCAAAUAAAUCAACGUGAAAAUGUUCAUGGCCGGCUUUGCCACGAUGAACCCUUCAUGCAUGAUGUAUCUACGGUUAACGAGCAAUACAACGUCGAGACAUGUCAACUGCCCAUCCUGUUGGGGUUAGUUGCCUUUGCCAAACAAGGGGCCUACGACCUGAUUCGGAUUUUGCCUCUAGAAGCAGAGAUCAAGAUUCCCCUCCAAUUGGGUCUCCAAGCUCCAAAAGCAAUUUUUCAAAUACAGUCAUGAUCAUGGGUAGCCUUGAGCAUUUUUGAAAACUGUUAGACGAAAUUUAAAGCAAUUCCUGUGCCA